UAAUCAAAGAGGUUGUUGACUCUUCCAAUCGUGAAUCAAUCUCAGAUCUAAAGUUCUUUGAGAUGUACAAUUACGCCGCCGCCGCCAAAAGGAGGAAGAAGGAGACGUCUCCGUCGUCGUCGUUUGAUUCGUUGCCAGAUGCGGUGGCUAUAAGUUGCUUGGCUCGCGUUUCCAGAUUGGACCAAGCGGCGUUAUCUGCCGUCUCCAAGAGAUUUCGUUCGCUGGUGGUUUCGCCGGAGUUCUACAAGACAAGAUCGCUGAUGGGUCACGCGGAGAAGUGCGUGUACGUGUGCUUAGGCCUGCCUCCGCACAUAAUCCCACGCUGGUUCGUCCUCCACCCAACGCUAGACCCUGCCACCGGGAAGACCGUGAAGCGGGCUCAACCCAUCCCUUUUUUCCCGUCUCAGCCUCGGGAAGGAUCCGCCGUGGUGUCGUUGGACGGGAGCAUCUAUGUUUUCGGUGGAUUGGUUAAAGGCGAGCGCACGUCCGGUGUCUUACUUCUUGAUUGCCGGUAUCACACUUGGCACCAAGUGACUCCCAUGAGAGUGGCCCGAGCAUCCGCCACGGCUCAAGUGGUGAACGGGAAGAUAUACGUGUUGGGAGGCUGCAAAGACAAGAAACCCGCUGACUGGGGGGAAGUGUUCGACCCAAAGACCCAAACAUGGGCUGCCCUGACAGUUUCAGAGCCAAUGCCGGACGAGGAGGAUCCGGAUACACGCCCUAGGAUGAGUUUGAUCCAUGGGAGUGUGGUGAUAGAGGACAAGAUAUACGUGAUUGAUUUAUGGAAUAGAACCUUCUUCUACUCGCUGAGCCUGUGUAAAUGGGGGAGAGGGAGUCCGGCGACGCGAGAAUCAUGGUCUAAGAAUAAAAGGGAUUGGUGUGUGGUUGACAAUGUGUUAUACAGUGUUGGUAACGACGGGUGUAUUUAUUGGUGUGAGCCACAUGAGUUGGAUCGGUGUGCUGGAGUGAGGACGAAUUGGACUGAGUUGUUAAGUCACCCAAUGAAACGGCUGCAGGACAAGCUCACUAGAUCUAGAGUGGCUCACUUUGGUGGGAAGAUGGCAAGAGUGUUGGAGAAGAAGAAGAAGACGCGCAAUUUCACCAAAUGCCUUGAAGAUAUACUUCCCGGGGCCAAACUCGCCAGCUCUGGCCACAAUGUUGUUGUCUUCUGGAAAGAGCUCCUACCUGAAAAGAGCGUGCGCAUUUGGUGUGCCGAGUAUUCGUUCACAAGGAGCAACAAAUGGGGCUUUAUGUAUGGCGUGCUUGAGUGUUCCAAUGCUAUCCUCACUCUUGAUCCUAUCUUGGAUCGCUCUAAGGUCUUGUACUCUAUCUCCGUUGAUGUCUGAACCCAAAAAUAUAAUCCAACUUUCCUUGUAUAUCUCCCUUUAUAGUGACGAAAUUUUAAUCUAACAACUAGUUUUGAAAUAGA